AUGUCCGAAGCUAUCAGCUCUAGUGAGGUCGAGCCCCGAGCUGCUGUGUAUCUGAGUGUCCUCGUGUCACUGCUCCAGCCAUUUCAAAGUGGUUGGUCCACAUCACAGCUGAAUCUGGCUCAGUUCCACGACACUACCGAGUGCAGCGCUCGUCCCGUGGCUGCAAACACGUGUCUUAUGUUUCCUGGACAUUCGAAGCUGGAAUGGACUUUCGCGGUGAACGCAUGGAUUUUCGGUGCGAUGAUAGGCAGCUUAUCCUGUGGUAGAUACAGUGAUUUGUGGGGCCGCAAGAAGCUGCUGCUCGCUAACUGUGGCUUUAUCGUUGUGGGAGCAGUAGUCCAGAUGAGCGUCUCGAACAUUUGGCUGUUUGCUUUUGGUCGUCUCAUUGCUGGUAUCGCUUCUGGUGUUGCAACGGGAACAAUCGGAGCCUACGUGAACGAGUUGUCACCGCCGUAUCUACGCAAUGUCCUUGGUUUGGGACUCCAGAUUUCCGUGACGUUCGGUAUCAUGAUGCCGGCUGUGGCAUUUUUCUUCGCCAAUACCAGCUCAGGUUGGCGAUUUUUGGCCGGGUUUCCAUUGGUAUUAGCUGCAUUAUUUCUAUUGUUUGCACCGUCACUUUGUGUGGAGAGUCCUGCGUGGCUGUUGAUGCAGAACCGCCAAGAUGAAGCCAAGCAUGUUAUCGCUCGGCUUUAUGGAGUGGAGAACGUUAGCGCAGUGUUACAGUGGCUGGAGACGAAGGACAGUGAAGGAGAAGCUCUAAUCGACGGGAAGCAAGCGGAGGAAUCCAUGUUCGAUCCGAAAUAUCGGCGACAAAUUGCGGGUGCCUUGUUACUGUCGUGUUCGCAGCAAUUAUCAGGAAUUAACGCCGUAUUUUACUACUCGAGCAGCAUUUUUGCUGAGGCUGGUAUUUCCGAUCCACGCGUGGGCACGCUAAUUAUCGAUUUUAUCAACAUUUGGCCGGCGUUUUUUACGGGGUGUUUGGCUGUUCGUUUCGGGAACCGCACUCUGAUUUUGUGGGGUUUAGCUGGUAUGUUGGUCAUGGCUCUUGGCAUGACAAUGGCGUUUCUUGUGGAGGUACCUGCACUUUCCGUGCUUUUCACUGCACUGUACGUGAUCAUCUUUGGCGUGACGCUGGGUCCGCUAGUGUGGGUCAUGACGGCAGAUAUUUUCCCGGAUUCUAUCCGAGCGAGUGCUUCUUCGUUGUGUAUCGGCAGCAAUUGGCUUUGCAAUCUUAUUGUGGGCGUGUCGUAUCCAUACCUGGCAGACGCUCUGGAGGACUACAGCUACGUGCCGUUUGUGGUGCUGUUGGGUCUGUUUUGCUGCAUGGCACUUCGACUGGUGCCAGAGACGUCGGGCAAGACGAGCGCAGAGAUCCAGCUGGAAUAUGAGCGAAGUCGCCAGAAGUGACACCAAACUUGAGGUCACAAAAGGUGUAUCAGGUGCUCUGAAGCAUCUUUUGAUGUGUUGGUGCAGUGUAGCUCGACUUUAUAGUGUG